AUGACAAUUCCAAUAGAUUUAUAUGCUAGAAGAGACUGCAGAGUUACCAGUACAGCAGGUAAUUGUACAACUAAUCCCAAAGCCAUUUCUGGAACUUGGUUUCCAGUAAAGGCCCAGAGUUCAAUCCAAGACAAUGACGUCAGCUUUAUUACUGAAAUGGAAGAGAGUUGUAACGAGCUUCCGUUGAAAGUAGAUGUUCAAGUCAGACUUCACACUGGAUCAGACUUUAUUUUUCCGGGGAGUGGUAUAACUCAGAGAACGGAUGAUUCCGACAGUCCCUAUGGAGGGGUAGUGUAUAAGUAUAAAGCUGAUUCAAGUAUCAGGAUUAUGGUCCCUAAAAGAGAAAACGGGAAAGCAUCGGGUGUUUCAGUCUUCUCAGGUGAAUCGUCUUGGAAUGGUGUUACCCAGGUGAACGAGACAGUUGCAGAUGUCAGAUAUCGUGUAUGGUGUAGAUGUAACUUUCCCACACCUGCUUUUGAAUCCAAUUGGACAAAUAUAGAUGUGAAAAACAAGAAUUACUUGGAGUUCAGUCAUGGAUUAGGAAUCAUGCCAGAUAUGGUUAUUGUACAGCUUCGUCACGGUUCAACCGACCAAGACUGGGUAACCGACGUCAUGGGGUCGAUGUCUACGUCAAGGACUGGGAAAGAAAAAAGUGGUUUAAUAUACGCAUACAACUCCAGGACUGUCAGGAUUUGGGCACCAGAUAAAGGGAACUUGUUUAACCUCGCUGACGGAUGGGGACUGUCCACCGAUAAGGACACUAUCAUUUCCGGUCAGGUGAAAAUUUAUGUCUGGAGCUACCUGAUGAACAUAAAGAGUAAAAUCAUAACAAUCGAUAGCAGUACAUCAAUUCCAAAUCUUCAAGUUCCCUUACCUGUCCAAUUAAAUGUUGACCAGGACAUUUUAUACUUUACAAUUUCACCCACAAGUGGAGAAAAUAGAGGGUUUGCAUUUUCCGGAAUGGGAUCCGUUCAAAACGCUGACCCAAAUACACAAUACGGAGGAGUGAUGUAUUCGUACUCCUCAGACAAAAUCAGACUUUGGCGCCCAAAGUUAGACGGACGUCACUUCCUGGUCUACGUCAGCAGUGACUGGGGCGGGGGACACCAUACACAGUCAGCUGAGUCCGUUAUUGCCCGGAUAUCCGUGUGGAAAGCUGGACAAAUAUGUCUAAUUCCUCCGAGCCAACGAACCACUCCAACAACGACGAAAUCAUACACAACAACUUUGAUGACGUCAUAUUCAUCUAUAAAUGUGGGGAAUUCCUCAGUUAGAGAUUUAAAGAAGGAAGAAUUGUGGUACGAUCGGUCUGUGACGGUCCCUGUUCUCUGGCUGGUAGUGGGAGGAGGCGGACUUUUAUUGAUUAUUUUCCUGUCGAUAUCCAUUUACUGUUUAUGUAAAGAGAAGUCAUCAAACGAGGUUUUUCCGCAUAACGAUGCAGACGCUUAAAAUGUAAAACCUGACUUUGUUGAUG